AUGUUUUUAGAUCUAGAAUCUCAUUCUCAUAUUAAGAUAGAUGCUGAAAUUUUAAGGUAAUUAUAUUAUUAAAUUAUAAAAAGUAUAGAUGGUAAUUAAGAGCCAAAAUUACUUCUAGAUGAAAAAUAAAUAGACCAAGAAUCAUUAAAAUAAUCAUCAAAUUCUCUUUGUGGUAAUUCAUAAUUAGACUAUAUUUAUACAAUAUCUCAAAUUUAUUAACACAACAGGAGAAAUGCUUGGAUUUAAAUUUAAUUAAAAAAAGGAGGAAUAAAAAAACUACAAUUAAGCAUUAUUAAAUGUUAAUAUGGAUGUAACUCAUGUAUUGAAAAUUAUCCAACAAUUUGCUUAUAAUGGUAAUUACAUUAUAACUCAUUGAACAAUAUUUGUCAUUAAGAUUCUGAGGGAUGGAUAGGAAUAUUUCAUUAUUAAAUUUAUUUGGGGUGUGGAGAUUGUCAAUUUAUAAAAUUUAAAGUAAUUAAUUAUUCUACUUAACUACCUCCUCAUCAAGAUAUAUUAAUAAGGUUUUUUAAGAUUGGUUAUUAAAAAAUUGAAGUAAAUUAUGUAUAUGGUAAUUAAAUAAUUACUUAAGGUAAUUAAUUAAUAGAAAUAUUAAUAAAAAAUCAUCACGAUUCUUUAUUAAAGCUAGAUAUAAAAACUAAAACUCCUUAAUAAUACGUUUAACUAAGAGAUUUUGAAGUAUUUUACACAUAUGAAGAUAUUAAUUUAGAUAUUUUCAACGAAGGUUGUUUUUAAUAGAUUAAUAAUAAUUGCUUAAUUUGUAAAGAUGGAUGGACUUUAGAUGAAUAUCGAGAAAAUUGCUAUCCAAUAUGUGGAGAUAAAAAAAUUAAUGGAUAAGAACUUUGCGAUGAUGGAAAAUAAUUAUCUUAUGAGGGCUGUUUUAAUUGUAUAUUUCAAUCUAGUAGAAAUUGUUUAAUAUUUAAAUAUGGAUAGUGUUUAUAAUGCUAAAAUGGAUAUAUGCUUAAGAAUUUUAAAUGUGUACCAAUUUGUGGAGAUGGAUUAGUUGUUGAAACUGAAUUAUGUGAUGAUUAUAAUAAAUUUAAAUUUGAUGGUUGUGAUAAAUGCCAAAAUAGUUGUUAAUUAGAAUGUUUGUAUUGUCAUAAUGGUGUUUGUUAUUAAUGUAUUUAAGGAUGGAAUUUAAUUGAUAAUCAAUGCUAUUAAUUCUGUGGUGAUAACCAAAUAGCCAUAUUCUCAAACGAAUAAUGUGAUGAUCCAUUAGAUACAGCUUGUUUAGAUUGUACAAUUAAAUGUUUAGAUUAUUGUCUAAUUUGUAGAUCAAAUGCUAUAUGUGAAAUUUGUGAGGAAGCUUUAUAUUUUAUUAAUGGUAAAUGUGUUCCAAAAUGUGGUGAUUCUUUAAUUUCUAAAUAUUUUGAAGAUUGUGAUGAUGGCAAUGAUGAACCUUAUGAUGGUUGCUUUAAAUGUUAAUAUUAAUGUUAAUAUGGAUGCAAGAUUUGUGAAAAGGGAAAUGCUUGUUUAGAAUGUGAUGAGGGAUUUUCUUUAAAUUUUGAAACAUUAUUUUGUCAUAGAAUAGAAGAACUAAUUGAACCAUUAAUAAAUGAAAUAUUAUGUUUUCAAAAUUAAAAAUUAGUCAACGGAGUAUGUAUUGAUUUAUGUGGUGAUGGUAAACUAAAUAGUAGUUAUGAAGAAUGUGAUGAUGGAAAUAAUUAUCCAGGAGAUGGUUGCUCUUUCUUUUGUGGUUUAGAGGAAGCUUUUUAUUGUUAAAAUACAGAAGAUUCUUUCAGCAUUUGCACAUUUCUUAAAUCCCCUGAUUUCUUAUUAAUUAACAAGUCUGACAAAAAAAGUUAAACACAAAUUGUUUAAUUAAGUUUUACCUAAUCUGUUAAACUUUUGACAUCCUUUUAAAUUUAGGAUAUAUUUAAUAAUAUAAUUGUUCCUUAAACAAUUUAUUCAUUAGAAAUUAGAACUUUAUAGAACUUAACUUAAAAUUUAAACAAUUCAUUGUUUUAAUUUGUAAUAAUUUUUUAAAAACCUAUUUAAAACCCUAAAUUAAGAAUUGAAAUUGGCAGAUCUAUUAUUUUUAAUGAGAAUAAUUAAGAAUUGAAUGAACUCAAAAAGGAAAUUAGCCUUGGAAAUCCCUUUGUAUUAUCACGAUAAACCUAAUCAUAAUUGGGAUAAAUCAUUUAAAUGAAUGAGGCCAUGAUUUAUUCAAUGAUAUCGAUUUCGGGUUUAGUUGUACUAACAGGAAAUACAAUUUUAUUUUUUAAUUUACUAGAAUUAUUAUAAUCAUUAUCUUACAUCAGAUAUAUGAAAUGUUAAUUUCCUCCUCAUUUAAGUUAAUUUUUAAAUACUUUCACAAGAAUUUCACUCUCACCUAUUUUUGACUAUUUUUAAGUAGAUCAAUAAUUAUCUAGAUUAAAUGGGGGAAAAUUACCAUUUCAAAGCAAAUAAUUAAACCGAAACUCGGAGCAGGAUUCUUUGAAUUGCUUUUUUUUUAUUAAUGCAAAAAGUUGUUAUUUUUCUAUUUUAACUUCUGUUGCUACUUAUAUUUUAUGUUGCACUAUUUCAUCAUAAUAUAUAUAUCGAUUUUUUGGAAAUAAACUAUCCAAAUAUUUCAAUCACUUCAAAUCAUUAAAAAUUAUUAGGAUAUUUUAAAAGUACAUCUUUGUAAAUUGUUUAAAAUUCAAGUUAUUAUUCUUUCGGGAAGUGAUUUUUUAGACCUAUUUUACUAUAGUUCAUCAACUUACCUUUAGUGCUUUACUUUAGUUUCCAAAUUAUCAAUUUAGUUCGUUGUUUGAUAUAUUUAAUUCUGUAAAUGCAAUUUUAGCUUUAAUUUUGAUUAUUUAGAUAUCAUUUAAAUCAAUAGCAAUUACAUCAAGCUUGAUUAAAAAUAAAAAUAAAUGGAGAUAUUUUUUUAAUGGAAUUCAAGGUAGUUUUUGGGGAAUAAACUUUAAGUCUUUACAAAUUUUAAGAAUCUAAUUUUAUAUUGCAAUUAUCGUGUGGUUUAUGAACUAUCCAGAAGUUUAAUCAAUAUUAUUAUCAAUGCUAUCAUUUUAUUCCUUAAUAUUCAUAAUCAAAUUUAAACCACUUAAAUCAAGAUAUGAUUUUUCUAAAUUAAUCUUCAAAGAGCUUUUUUUGAUGCUAAUAACAGGAUCAUUUUUAGCUUAUAGCAUCGAAUUAGACGAUGAUUUAUUUUUAUUAUUUGGAUGGAUCCAUAUCUAUUCAUUUGUGACUCUCUUAUCUAUUAAUAUAAUAAUCGACAUAAUUGAGUAGGUUGUAAAAUAUAUUCAAAAUUAAAAAAAAAAAAAAAAGUUAAAGUAAAUUAAAUUGUUAAAAAGCCAUUUUAUUAAUAAACUAUAGCUAUUUGUCGGAGAAAAUGAUAAUAAUUGA